GUCUCUAAGAAACAAAACGGCUUUGACCCUCUCUUGCUCUCUCUUUUCCAAUUCCCACGGUGGUUGGCUCUUUCAUCAUCUUCUUCUUCUUCUUCUUUUAAUUUUCUUCUCAAUGUUCACGCGCUUUAAUAAAAAUAAAAGGACAAUCCUUCUACUCAUCGUCUCAUCCUCAUUGUUCCCUUCUCAUUCUCUUCCCAUAUAUAUUUCCCUCCUCAAAUUCUCCUUAAUUUCAUUGCCUAAUUUGCCAUAAAAAAAUCCCAUCUUUUUCCAAACUCUUUUUUUUCUCUCUCUCAACUUUUUAAUUCCUCAAUUCAAAGUUUUCCCAGAAAAUUCAGAAACGAGGUUUCUCUAUUUUUCUGGGAGGAUUUUUUUUAUUUGUCUAUUUGAAGAAAGAAAAAACUCGUGAGAUUUUCCAAGGCUGGAUCUUUAAAAGCAAGGUCUUUCCCCCCAUUUUUGCUCAAAAAUACCAGAUUUUGAUCCCUUUUCGGGUUCAAAUUCAAAUACCCAUUUCAGCAAACAACCCAAAAGCAAAGAUCUAGUUUGAAUUUUUGGUUUUGAUAUCAUGGGAAAUUGUUGUGCGACUCCAUCAACGGGUUCUCAUGAGAAGAAGAAUAAAGGAAAGAAGAAGCAAAACCCAUUUUCCAUUGAUUAUGGUCAACAUCACCAAGGCAAUGGAGGCCAUAAACUCAGCGUUUUGAAGGACCCAACAGGGACAGAAAUUGAACAAAGCUAUGAACUUGGGCGUGAGCUUGGCCGUGGUGAAUUUGGGAUCACAUAUCUUUGUACAGACAAAGUAACAGGUGACACUUUUGCAUGCAAAUCCAUAUCAAAGAAGAAGCUGAGGACAGCUGUGGAUAUUGACGAUGUGAGGAGGGAAGUUGAGAUCAUGAAGCAUUUGCCGAAGCAUCCUAAUAUUGUUAGCUUGAAAGAUACUUAUGAGGAUGAUAAUGCAGUGCAUUUGGUUAUGGAGUUGUGCGAAGGUGGUGAGUUGUUUGAUAGGAUUGUUGCAAGAGGUCAUUACACUGAGAGAGCUGCUGCUGUUGUCACCAAGACGAUUGUUGAAGUUGUUCAGAUGUGCCACAAGCAUGGGGUGAUGCAUAGAGAUCUCAAACCGGAGAACUUUCUCUUUGCAAAUAAGAAGGAGACAGCGGCUUUGAAGGCAAUUGACUUUGGUUUGUCAGUGUUCUUUAAACCAGGUGAAAGAUUUACUGAGAUAGUUGGAAGUCCAUACUACAUGGCUCCUGAGGUGCUGAAAAGAAAUUAUGGUCCUGAAGUCGAUGUUUGGAGUGCUGGUGUAAUCCUUUACAUCUUACUUUGUGGUGUCCCUCCUUUCUGGGCAGAAACUGAACAAGGAGUUGCACAAGCAAUUAUACGCUCUUUUAUAGAUUUUAAGAGGGACCCUUGGCCUAAAGUUUCUGAUAAUGCAAAAGACCUUGUGAGGAAGAUGCUCAAUCCUGAUCCCAAGCAGCGACUUACAGCUCAGGAAGUACUAGAUCAUCCUUGGUUGCAAAAUGCAAAGAAAGCUCCAAAUGUUUCCUUGGGUGAAACUGUGAAGGCAAGGCUCAAGCAGUUCUCUGUAAUGAACAAGCUCAAGAAAAGAGCUCUCAGGGUAAUAGCUGAGCAUCUCUCAGUGGAGGAAGUCGCAGGCAUAAAAGAGGUAUUCCAAUUGAUGGAUACAGGAAAUAGAGGCAAGAUUAACAUUGAUGAGCUAAGGGUUGGGUUGCACAAACUUGGCCAUACUAUACCUGAUGCGGAUCUUCAAAUACUAAUGGAAGCUGGUGAUGUAGAUAGAGAUGGAUAUCUGGACUAUGGAGAAUUUGUUGCUAUUUCUGUUCACCUGAGAAAGAUGGGCAAUGAUGAGCACCUUAAAAAGGCCUUUGAGUUCUUUGAUCGAAACCAAAGUGGUUUUAUUGAGAUUGAGGAACUAAGAGAUGCCUUGGCAGAUGAAGUUGAAACAAACAGUGAAGAAGUCAUUAGUGCCAUUAUGCAUGAUGUGGAUACAGACAAGGAUGGAAGAAUAAGUUAUGAUGAGUUUGCUGCAAUGAUGAAGGCUGGUACAGAUUGGAGAAAAGCAUCAAGGCAAUAUUCAAGAGAGCGGUUCAACAGUCUAAGUCUGAAAUUGAUGAGGGAUGGAUCAUUGCAGUCCAACAAUGAGCCUAGAUGACCCAAAAGAUCACCAUUCCAUGUUGAGAGAGAGAGAGAGAGAGAGAGAGAAGACAAGUUAUACUAAUGGAAAAAGGUUGUUGAAUUCAGUAUUAUUUUUGUCUGUUAAUUUUUUUUGUCUAAAGAAGGAAAAUUCCUUUUUGAUACCCUUGAUUAGGGGUUACUAGGAUUGAGCCAAGGGUUGUCCAUCUAUCUCCAAUUGGGGUUUGUUUUUGUUUUUUUGUGAGGGUUGAGAAAGAAGAGGUGUGGAUCAAAGCUGGGGAGGGUUGUUAUUUGUAUUGUAAAUACAUUGUUAAAUCCCAUACUUUAAAAAGUCAUCAUCUGGCCUUUGUUAGGUGUUCCUUGUGGGUAUCAACUUCAUUUUCUGAGCCAUUUAACUGAAGAAGCUGCAGGGUGGCUGGUAUUUUCCUUUUGAUAA